AUGGGAAUAUUUCCUUCAUCACAAUUAAUUCAUCCACUAAAGCAUAAUAAAUUACGUCAACAUAUUACUAAAAUUAUCCAAACUAAUGAUUUAUCAGGAGACAUUAAAAUGAACAUAGAAGUUUGUUUUAAAUUAUUAGAAAAAAUAUUUAUUUCAGUUAAUGCUGAUGAAUCAUACGCUAAAUCCUUAAGAUCAACUAUGUCUAAAUUAGUCCAAAUAUAUGAUUAUCCGUUAUUAAUAGCAUUACCUUAUGAUCGUUUGUUAUUAUCUCAAUUUUGUACAACUAAAUGUUUUGAUGGUAGAAAUGCUCAAGGAAUAAUGGUUAAUGGAAAAUAUUACUCAUUAACUAAUAAUGCAUAUACCCCUAUGUCAAAAUUAAAAAUUAAUCAUGGUUCUAUUAUUCAACUGAAAUUUACCUUUCAACCUGAUACGAUCAUUGAUGAUACUAUAUCAUCAUUUCAGAAUAAUAAAAUAGAGAUUAAUGAUUAUUGUCGAAACGUGUUAGAUAUCAAUGAAAAUAAAUUUGCUGUAACAAAGUAUCAAUGUUCAGUUGAAUUUGAUAACAAUGCAGUUAAUUUAAUGUUUCCAACUGAAGCUAUCGAUGUGAUUAUAUCAUUUGGUCAAUCAAAACAAAAAGUAGACAAUGAUAAAUCAAAAGCUAUUGCUAUUCAUCAAACCAAUUUGGGAAUCAUUUACUUAAGAUUAAAUUUAAAAUCGUCAAGUAAUUGGAUGCAUGCAUCAGCAAAAAUCAAUGAAUUAAAAAAACAGAUAAAUAAACUGAGUAUUGAGAAAAGAGAUCCUCAAAAAAAAAAUGUCAUCUGA